GCUCAGGGUUCGGGUUUCCAGCUCUUCACAGGCUGGAGCAGAUUUUAAAACGCUGAGCAUUGUGGGAGUAAACAGUGUGUGUGUGUGUGUGUGUGUGUGAUCAGUAUCUGCUUUCGCUUCAGAGAGGCCAUGGCGUCCAGACUGCUGCUGCCGGAGGAGGAGCUCACCUGCCCCGUCUGCUGCGACAUCUUCAGGCAGCCGGUGGUUCUGAAGUGCAGCCACAGCUUCUGCGGGCCGUGUCUGCAGACCUACUGGGCCCAGAGGGGCGGGGGCCGGGGGGGGGCCCGGGGCCGGGGCCGGGACUGCCCGGUGUGCCGGACCCAGAGCCUGGACGACCCCGUGCCCAGCCUCACCCUCAGGAACCUGUGCGAGUCCUUGGUGCUGGACGGGGGGAGCCUGGAGGACGGGGCCGGGGUGGGGUCCGGGGCCGGGGCGGGGGCGGGGGCGGGGGCCGGGGCCGAGCCGGGCGAGCUGUGCCCCCUCCACGGAGAGAGGCUGAAGCUGUACUGCUUACCGGACCGGGAGCCCAUCUGCGUGGUGUGCCACACCUCCAGGAGGCACAAGCAGCACGACUGCUGCCCCGUCGGCGAGGCCAUCGCGGACGCCAAGGAGGAAGUGAAGUCUGCUCUGAGCUCGCUGCAGGAGAGGAAGGACACUUUCGACAAGAUGAAGACCGAGUUUGAAGGAUGCGUCUCCCACAUUGAGGACCAGGCUCGCUUCGUGGAGAGGCGGACGCGCGAGGAGUUCGAGAAGCUCCACGACUUCCUGCGCGCCGAGGAGGCGGCCCAGAUGGACGCCCUGCGGAGGGAGGAGGAGCAGAAGAAGGAGGAGCUGAGGCGGAGGAUGGAGGAGCUGGAGAGGAACCUGUCGGCCGUGACGGAGUCCAUCCGGCUGCUGGAGGAGCACAUGGCUCUGGACGGCCUCCCUGUGCUUCACAGACGCAGCGAGACACUGCAAAGAGCUCAGUGUCCAUUUGAAGACCCGGCGCUGCCUCCAGGAGCUCUCAUCGACGUGGCCAAGUACGUGGGCUCUUUGAUGUUCCGCCUCUGGGAGAAGAUGCACAAAAUUGCCAAAUACACCCCCGUCACCCUGGACCCCAACACGGCCGCCCCGUGGCUCCGCCUCUCCGACGACCUGACCGGCCUGCACGACGGCGACGCCAAGGAGCGUCUGCCCGACAACCCGGAGCGCUUCGACCCCGACACCGCCGUGCUGGGCCGCGAGGGCUUCGCCUCGGGGACGCACGCCUGGGACGUGCACGUCGGGGACAACACGGCCUGGGUGCUGGGCGUGGCCAAGGAGUCGGUCCGCCGGAAGGAGAAGGUGUCGUCGGUGCUGAAGAACGGCUACCUGUGCGUCUACUUCUACCACCGGAUGUACUUCGCCGGCACGUCGCCGCUGACGAGGCUGAGCCUGAAGGCGAACCCGCAGCGCGUCAGCGUGCAGCUGGACUGCGACAAGGGCCGGCUGUCCUUCUACGACGCGCUCAGCAAGGCGCACAUCUACACCUUCAAGCACGCCGUCACCGAGACGGUGUUCCCGUACUUCUGGGUGGGCUGUCAGCAGUGUCCGCUGACCAUCCAGCCGGCCGAGGUCUCCAUUCACGGGGUUCAGUGAGCGCACCGCACCGGUCAUGGCGGGUCCGGUCCGGUUCCGUUCGCCCCGUUGCCUUUCCAAGUGAAAUUUUGAAAACUUUCGAGUUUUGAGCCGAAGAAGUCACCGAAGAAGUCAGAAAAUGGCCCCCCAAAGUAAAUCUUUUAGAAAACUCUGUCGUCGUGUAAACAGAGGAAAAAGAAACUUUUCUGAAACGCUGCUUUUUGCACAUCUUCACAGUGAAUACUGAACAGUUGUUCUGUAGACGAGCUAGUCGCCGGUACAGAACAUCGGAUUCUCCUGAGACUCGGUCACAGCAGACUUGAGUCGUCCAACUUGGUCGUCUGUCCAUCUUCUCGCCAUUUUUUGGCGUUUUUAGCAGAUUGUUCUUGGAGCGCUUCAUUACAAAACCUUGUGCAAAAACCACAAGUUUAUGCUGUUGCUUGUUUUCAGCGUUUCCACCUUUUCCUCAUAAAUGAACAACAACAUAAUCUCUCGCAUGUCAAAGUUGCCGACUCUAAAAGUAGACGACUCUACGUUUUAAUGUACAAAAACCAAUGAAGUUUGAUUCUGCUAAUUUAUAAAUAAAUCUUUGGCUUAAAGCCUCCGAGGAGCCUGGAUGUAUGAAAUGAUCGUAAAUGUUAAUAAAUGUCAAAUUUAUCGUAUAAUUUAAUGUAGGUGAAAUAUAAUCUACUGCUGGAGAAGACAGCAGUUGUGAACUGAAUGUGUGGGAAAAAAACACAAAGACAUGGUGUAUGCUUUUUUUUAAGAUGAAUUUUUAUCAAAUAUAAAUGACAAUUAUUUAAGACAUUAAGAAGCCACAAAGUUCUUAAACAUUCUUCAAAAGCAAAA